AUGUCCACUGUUACAUUUGGCCAACGAUCAUCUCCAUUCCUUGCAAUUAGAACAUUACUUCAAUUAGCUGAAGAUGAAGCCAAAGCAUACCCUAAUGUGCAAAAGGUCAUAUAUCAAGACCUCUACGUGGACGAUGUCGUUACCAGAGCCGACUCGGAAGAAGAGGCUCUCAAACUCCAACAAGAGGCUAUAAAAGUAUUUGAGCGUGGGAAAUUUGAGCUCCGAAAGUGGGCACCCGCAUUAUUAGAGGCCGUUCCGAUUGAACAUCGUACAACCGAUAAUUUUACCUCCGAUGAACCGCAGUCAGAUUACACCAAGGUUCUCGGUCUAAAAUGGGAACCUAAUCUGGAUAUGUUGUCCUACCUGUUAAGAACCCCUGGCUAUAUUAGUUAG